AACACAUUAGCCGAGCCGAGCGGACGGCGGCCACAAUUUUGACCUACCGCGCUCCUGCCUCCCAAACCCAAUUCCAAAUUCGAAACUCGCCACCAGCCCCCGUGCACCAGAUGCCCGGAUCCCCACGGCCGCCGGGACCCCCUCCUCCGGAGGCCGCACCCGCGCUCGGUCCGUCCCAGCCGAUGGCCGCGCCCAGCGGCGGCGACGAGGAUGACGAGGAGUUCGAGAUCUGCAACUAUGACGGCUUCGUCUUCAAGCGCGCCCGCGGGCUCUACCCCGAUGUCGCGCCCUCCUCCAUCCAGGCGACGGGCCCCGACCCUGAGGCAGCCCGCCGCCGCGCGCUCCUCCGCCUCCGCGCCAAGCGCCUCCGCGAGCUCUCCCGCUGGGAAGCCAUCGCCUCCAACCUCCUCGUCCCGCUCCCCGCUCCCCGGCAACUUCCUCCCCAGGCUCCUCCCGCUUCACCCCGUCCAGCACCCGCCGCCGCCGCCUCGGCUUCCGUCCUCGACGACCUCAUAGCCCAGGCAGAGGUGCAGGCGGAGCUGCUCAAGAAGGUAUCCCAGUGCUGCGAUGAGAUCCAAAAUCUCUGCGACGCGCAGGAGGCGGCCGUCGUGGACGUCAUCGCCGCGCUGCCUGUAUGGGGCAACCCGAAGGACCUUAUCAACUCGUUGUGCAACAGUCCAGAUGAGCAGACUGCCCCCGGUGAUUUGGAUUUCAGAGAAGACAUGUGGCAGCACAAGCAGAAUGAAGAGAGUGGAGGCUUCCAAAGGUCUCAUAGCAGACAGGACAGAAGAGCUAUUGAGGCCGGAAGCUACAAUGGGUGCAAAGAAGCUGCAGUUCAAAGGAUAAAAAAUAAUGCUGAGGCACGAAAAAAGGGUCCUUACCAAUGCAAAAGAUGCUCCCAAUUUGACCAUACUGAGAAGACCUGCCGUGAAACCCCUGCUGAACUAGGUGAUGAGCUGCCUCCACCCAUUCUCGCUGAGAAUAGGAAGAUGAAAGUGGUAGCUAGCCCUUCAGGCUCCAAUAGUGCUGCAGCACAAGCCUCUAACAAAGAGGAAGAAGGCAUCAGGGAGCACAUCUACUCCCUCAGGCAUUCAAUCAACUGUAAGUCCAGGACUGUAAGUCCAGGACGGACAGCAAGGAAGGCAGCUUCUACUCCAAGAGCUCCAGACACAUUUUGUAGUCCAGGGCCUACAACCAGGAGAAGGGCAGCAGCACAAAAUGUGCCAUAAGGAGGCUGUGAUAAAUGCGUGGUGUAAGCGACAUGUUCUUCGCUGAUUGAUUUAUGGUUCAUUGAUGUAUGUUGUAAAUAUUGGCAUCCAUGUGUUGCGCAAACUUUGCGCCCUAAUUUCCAAUUGCUACCGAAGUGUCCUGUUAUGUUAGCUUAUCUUCACUGUGAUGUGAUCUCUUUAGCCAUUAACUGUCAUGUUGUGCUAUUUGUGAAAUUCCAACUCCAAAUUCCAUUCA